CUGAGGCCUCCGCCCCGAAGCUCACCCGGGCCGCAGGAGCGGCUCAGCCCCUGACAACCGCUACCGGAGCCUGUUGCUAGGGGCGUUGCGAAGGAGGGGCCACGAGGAGGGGCUCCCUUCCGGGAGGAGGGCGAUUGAUAACCCGGAAGCGGUCGGCAGUGCGGCGCUGUUUAAAGAUGGCGGCGGAGGAACCUCAGCAGCAGAAGCAGGAGCCGCUGGGCAGCGACUCCGAAGGUGUUAACUGUCUGGCCUAUGAUGAAGCCAUUAUGGCUCAGCAAGACCGAAUUCAGCAAGAGAUUGCUGUGCAAAAUCCUCUGGUGUCAGAGCGGCUGGAACUCUCAGUCCUGUACAAGGAGUAUGCUGAGGAUGACAACAUCUAUCAACAGAAGAUCAAGGACCUCCACAAAAAGUACUCCUACAUCCGGAAGACCAGGCCGGACGGCAACUGCUUCUAUCGAGCAUUCGGCUUCUCCCACUUAGAGGCACUGCUGGACGACAGCAAGGAGCUGCAGCGGUUCAAGGCUGUGUCUGCCAAAAGUAAAGAGGACCUGGUGUCCCAGGGCUUCACUGAAUUCACAAUCGAGGACUUCCAUAACACGUUCAUGGACCUUAUUGAGCAGGUGGAGAAGCAGACCUCGGUAGCUGACCUGCUGGCCUCCUUCAAUGACCAGAGCACCUCAGACUACCUUGUGGUCUACCUGCGGCUGCUCACCUCAGGCUACCUGCAGCGGGAGAGCAAGUUCUUCGAGCACUUCAUAGAGGGUGGCCGGACUGUUAAGGAGUUCUGCCAGCAGGAGGUGGAACCCAUGUGCAAGGAGAGCGACCAUAUCCACAUCAUCGCCCUGGCCCAGGCCCUCAGCGUGUCCAUCCAAGUAGAGUACAUGGACCGUGGUGAGGGCGGCACCACCAACCCACACGUCUUCCCUGAGGGCUCCGAGCCCAAGGUCUACCUUCUCUACCGGCCUGGGCACUACGAUAUCCUCUACAAAUAGGGCUGGCCAGCCUUGCCGCGCCCUGCCUGCCUCCCCGCCAGGCGCUAGACAUGUACAGAGGGGUUUUGGUUUUGGUUUUGGUGUUUUUUGUUUUGUUUUGUUUUGUGGUUGUAAAUGGUCAGAUUUCACUCCUCCCUUUUCCUGUCACACAACCUUCCAUGUUUUAUUAAAGGGGAUGCUGGUGGUGAGCCCGAGUGUGCGUUUCCCUGCUCUGCUGCUGCUGUUCCCUACCUGCCCGCUGGCUGCUGUGUGUCUGGCUGUCCCUUCCCCCCCCGGGGGGGGGGGGGGUCUCCAAGCUUUCCACCUAUCUACCCCCAAGCAUUUCUGCCAAGAAAGUCUGAGAGGGCUGGGUCUCCAGGUUCCUUGGAUUUCAACUUUCUACCCAUCCACAAGACCUGCCCCCUUUCCUCCUUGACUUUCCAGGGGUUUCCAUGGGAACUUGGCUGGGGGUCUCAGGUCACCCAUACUCAAAGCUGCCGCUCAGAGUUAUAGAUUUGCUGUUCUGGCCAAGGCCCCAGAUCACAGCUUUCUGCUCACCUCCAGGGGUCUGCAUGAUUGAGGAGUCCUGAGAUGAGAGGUUGAUGGGAGGAGGCUAGCCCAGGUAGGUGGAGGCGCUGUGCAUCCUCAGUGGGCCCCAGGAGGAGCUGAGCUGGUAUGGGAGGAACAUAAUGCUCCUGUCCAGGCAGGGCUUGACUGUGCCCUGUCCCCAGAGCCCUGCCUCUGCUUGCUUUUCACCCCGUUUGCUUGGCCAUAGCUGCAUUACCUGCCUCCGUAGCUGCAUUAUGUAUCUGCAUUACCUGCCUCUUUGCCUUCUCCCCAGCCCCAGCACAUGUGGGGUCUCAGCCCAGGCUGUGAGCUCCUUGGGGGCAGGCCCUCAAUAAAUGUGAAAUGCUGCUGCCACCGCC